AUGGACCAGAGCGGCCACAGCAUGCGGAUGGACAUGUCAACGGUCUUCGAAGCCAACACCGAGAUUACACUCUUCUUCCGCGGUUGGACGACUACCACAGCAACCUCCUACACCUUUACGUUGAUCUUCCUCUUCGCCCUGGCCAUGUUCAACCGCUUCCUGGGCGUACUAAAGUUCCAGCUCGACGUGAAGCACACCGAACCGGUUGAGAGGGACGUGCCCAAGCUGCAGCUGCUCACUGCGCGCCGACCCCGACAUGCCAUUCCUAAGGAUCGUCUGAGUCCGCUGCCUCGAUACAUGGCGGUUGCCGAGACCGACUCCGACCACGAGGCGUCUUUCCCGUCGGCUCCGUUCCUGGGACCGAAUCCCGAGCGUACACGCGAUGGACUCUUCUCCAGCUUGACUCAGGAGCCACAGGGUCCCCUGGCAGAGCGUCGUUGGUGGAGCGCGUACAGACGCUGGAGUUGGCGACGGGAUGGAACGAGCUCGCUACUCGAGGGACUUCGGGCUCUGGUGGGCUACGCACUAAUGCUGGCAGUGAUGACGUUCAAUGUGGGAGUGUUCUGCGCGGUGGUCGGAGGCAUUAUAGUGGGCGAACUGUUCUUGGGACGGUAUGCACAGCCCUCAUCAGGGUGGCAAGAUGGCGCGUGUCAUGAUUAG